GAGAGAGAAAGCGAGUGGGGUUGGGACUCACGGCGCUCACCAUGGGCAACCCUCGCACCAUCGUUGUGUUCUUCACGGCUCUCUUGGCGGUCUGCGCAUUCACCAUGUUGGUGUACCAAGAGUUGGCAAGCUCAGGAUGGCGUCGCUGGACAUUCCAGAGAUCCUACAUCUUGUGGUUCAUGGCAACCAAACCAGAGUCAGUGGAACUGGCUUCAACCCCCACCACACCACCACGCACCACCAAAGAAGUGUGGAUGCCCCAGCCAGCCCAGACGACAGUGGUCUUCCUCAAGACGCACAAGACUGCAAGCUCCACCUUCCAGAACAUCAUCUACCGCUUUGGCGAGAAGCACAACCUAACGUUCGCCUUCCCCACCCAGGAAAAUCAUUUCAGCUACCCAGAACUCUUCAAACGCACAUUUGUGGCCCACCAUCUCCACGGCAAUCAUGUUUGCUAUGACAUAGUCUGCAACCACAUGCGCUUUCUGGCAGAAGAGGUGGCAAGCGUCGUAAAACCGAAUGCGAUGUACCUGUCAAUUGUACGUCAACCAGAGAAAAGUUUUGAGUCCGGGUUCUACUACUACCAGAACUAUGCGCAAGCUUUCAAAGCAGCAACACACAAGAGCAAGGGAAAAGACCCAUUGAGGACUUUUCUUGAAAAUCCUGAGAGGUUUUAUGUUCCAUCAAAGCAGUCUGCAGCCUAUGUGAAGAAUCCUAUUGCAUUUGAUUUCGGAUUGGACGCGAACGUUGAUGUGUCAAGUGACACAUUCCGCGCGGCGUUAGAACGAGUGGACGCCAUUUUUCAUCUCGUGAUGAUCGCUGAUCGAUUCGAUGAGUCGGUUAUUUUAGCGAAGGAGAUGUUGCAUUGGGAUAUGGACGAUGUCGUCUACUUGUCCUUAAACAAGCGACAAGUAUCCAGUAAAACUGGCAACAGCACACUCCAGGAGACUGACCCCACGUUAUCAAAAUUAAUAAGGCGUUGGAACGCAUUAGAUGUCGCCCUAUACGAUCACUUUAACAAUCGCUUUCAACGCCACGUAGAUGCCUUUGGCAAGGAGCGCAUGCGCAGUGAAGUGGAUACCCUGAAAAAGAUGUGUAAUAUCUGGCGAGAGCUGUGUGUGGAGGAUGAGGUGGAAGCGAGUAAGAUAAACGAGAAAAUGCUGAAGCCAUACAUGCCCGAGGAAGUAAAAAUCCUGGGCUACAGAAUUAAGGGGGGAUUAGAUCAAGACACACGGGAGCAGUGCCUCCGACUGUUGAUGCCUGAGCUCAAAUUCCACGAAAUGCUCUUCGCGAAGCAACAGAGCCAUGGGGGGAGAUGAUGAGAAGCUCACUUUGCCCUCAAUGUCCACAUCUUCACAUUGUGCCACUGACACCAUUUAAUGUACAUGCACGCGGCAUUCUUCAUUGCACCGUGAUGUUUGUACAUUCUACAGCAAACCCAGGAGCGCAACUGUGGUUGGGGCUAUGACGUGGCAGGGGUGUGCGACGCAUCGGGGCCGAGUCGGCCACAUGGGGAGCCCCGAAUUAACGGAUGAACAAGUAGCAACAAUGUUAAGAAAAUUUAUUCGAAAAACGAUUCCAACAAUUACUGAACACCAGGAUUUUUUGCUGACAUUCGCAUGAAAGCAGACGCACGAUAACUUAAAUGUAUGUAUUGUACCUUCAAAUCUUUGUAUUACUACUGUCACCAAAUACAUGGUGCAACUACAAUAAUGUACAUAUAGUUAUAGUCUAAGAUAUUACUGUAUACGGGUAAAACAUCUGGAGCUGUUUCAGUACAAGUGUGUCGGGAGAAAGGAGGGGGGCCCACAGUCCGAUCUUGCAUAGCCCCCCCCCCAUCUCCCCCCCGCCCUGCUGAAGCAGGUCGCUGUGGCCCUGAGCAAACCCUUGCACAUCGUGGGGGUCACGUUCUAGAAAAUAUAAAUAUCCGCAAUCGGCAAAUCCACGAUCCGCAAACUCAAAAGCAAAUGGGAAAACUCGAGUUUGAUUCACAGUUUGCAAUAUAACAGCCAACCCUCCUUUUGCUUCAUGUUACCCUACAUCAACCCAAUAAUUUAGCUGGAAGUAUUUUGAAUGUAACAUUUGAUUAAUAUUUUCUAGUGUUAAAUAAAACUUGUCCGGUGAAUGUUUAGAACGAAACACGUGAUAAUGGGAGAUAACGUGUGUGGCUGAACCUCACACUGCCUCCUCGCCGGAGGCUGGGAGCACCGUGUGACCUGGGACCCGCGAUGGGCCGUUUGGGAGGCGAGAUGGAGCCGAGCGCGUGCCCCGUGCGGUCUUCCACGGCAGCAGCAGCAGCCGCAGCAUCGCGAGCAGCGCAGUUACGAUGCGUCUAGCAAUCUCGCGGUCAACCAGUGCCUCACACAGAGGCGCGAUCAGCGAACUGGGCCUCUGAAUUUGGCGUGAAACCGCAAAACCGCGAUCGCUAAACCUGCGAGAAGGAAAGGGUUUUCUGUAUUUAAAUAUUCACAAAUCUACUUUACUUUUAGGGAUAAUUUCACUAUUUAGGCCAAAUGUUUAAUUCCAAUAUCUUGUUUUAACAUGUGGCGUUCUUCCAUAAGGAUGACAUUGAUCAGGAGAUUUAUAGUUUGUUAACAGACUUUACUUGUUUGUAUAUAUGUAUAACUUCUUUCGCACCGUACGUAGCCAACCGUGCUAACUGUUUGGACAAUUAUUGUUGUUUUUAUUCACGUUAAGGACGAACUACAAGCGAAAUAACAAUCAAGCUGGGCAGCGAAAAAUUGGAACAAGUACACCGAUUUAAAUACCUUGGUGUAAUCAUUGACGAUCAGUUGAACCAUGAAGUCGAAAUCAAGAGCAGAAUUGAACAAGCAAGGCAAGCAUUUAUUAAAUGGAAAACACUCCUUGCAGACCGCAACUUGAGUAUAUCACUGAAACUGCGCACACUGAAAUGCUACAUCUGGUCAAUUUUGCUGUACGGAGUAGAGACGUGGACACUGACAACAACAGCAACAAAAAGGCUCGAAGCUUUCGAAAUGUGGCUGUACCGAAGAAUGCUGAAAAUCCCAUGGACAGCCAAAACCACCAAUACACAAGUUAUGCAAGAUAUGGCCACUGACAGGCAACUGCUGAAGACCAUCAUUAGCAGGAAGUGUUACUACCUAGGCCACAUUGCCCGAAACGACCACAAAUACCAGCUAUUAAAGCAAAUCCUGGAAGGAAAAAUCGAAGGGAAAAAACGACCAGGACGGCCAAAAACGACAUGGCUCAGUAACAUCAAAACAUGGCUACAAUUAACAACAGCACAAACUCUACACGCCGUGCUAGACCGGGACCAAUAUCAUCGUGAAGUCGCACACGCCGUUAGGCAGCACUAAAGAAGAAGAAGAAGGACGAUUAAAUCAAAAGUUCAUGUAGACUGCUAGGCCCGAAGCCUGCAGGAUCUAUGCAGUUGUGACGUUCCCCCGCUCCUUGGGUCGGAUGAGUGUCAUGUUUGAGUCAGGUUUGCCCUGAGCCGUGUUGUCGUUCUGUUUGGCGGUGUUCAUCUCUGUCCUGUCGCGACAAUCUACAUUUGUUAUGUUCUGCUGCCCCCUAGUGGCCGUUGUGGGCUCGUGCGUUUGUUGUUGUGAGUGUUGUCUUGGAGUCGAAGAUCCCGGGGGUUUGAUCUUCCACGAAGCUCAUUCUCCACCCUAAACCGCAUACACUGCACACAAAGCAUGGCAGUAGAUGCAGAUACCUGAUGCACAAGUAGAAAGUUAAAAAGCCUUCCGGGGGCGUAUGGGCGCAUUGUGUCUCUGACGCAAGCUGGGCAAGGUGGUUCAGAGCUUAGUAAGUAAUAGGAUGUUAAACUGAAUCCUCUACGACACUGCAAGCCAGUGCAGAGAAACCAACACGGGCGUAAGGCGAUCUGAAGGAGGUGUUCUUGUUGUGAUACGAGCAGCCGCAUUCUGAACAUGCUGCAGAUUGUUAAGCGCCUCCUGAGCCACACUAGGGGCGAGCUGUCGCGACAGGCUGAUAGCCGCACAUUCAUUGAGACUUGGAGAUAUUUGUAGAACGUGGGUGUUAUAUUCAACAAUCAAACAUUAUACCAUUUCUGUACUGGGUUAAGCUUCAGCCAACAUAAUGCUAUCCUGCAAUGAGCGAGUCGAUUCGCGAAGAGUUAUAAAUGAAUACUAUUUACACUUUGUAUGUUGAACUUAUUUCGCACUGUAUGUAGUCAACCGUGCUAAAUUAUAACAACAUUUGAAAUUAUACAUUUGUAACGGUAAUCAUCGAGUAAAAUCUGAUUGGUUGUUUACGUGAGAUAAUGACAUCCAUUGAGUGGCUCAAACAUUCUGGAUCAUUGCUUUGACCUUCUCGAUCUUGUCCUGAAGGUGCUUGACGUAGUCUCAAGGGAAACGUGGAAUCUAUUGAGUAAAUUAAGCUGUGAGAAUUAUUCUUCAACUUAUUGGUGAGUGAGCUGAAUCAAUAAUAAUUGGUGUGUUAUAUUUGUGUACACCACGUGACAACUUAUUUCGCUGUGUCGGAUGGUACAAAGGGCUUCUACUGAAAGUAUUGGUCUGCUCACUGUGGUCAUCUCACGAAGUAACCCAACAUAAAUGAUUGAAUUCUAAA